AUGGUGUUUAUCGACUUGGAAAAAGCAUAUGACAGCAUACCGCGACGCAUCAUCCGGAAUAGCUUCAAGGCUAAAGGUAUAUUAUUAAUGUACAUUGAGGCUAUACAUGAUAUGUAUGACAAAGUUUCGACUAAAAUUCAGACAUCGAUGGGGAUGACGGAGCCUUUUUCGGUUAAAGUAACACUGCAUCAGGAAUCGACACUAAAAAUUAAAGAGGAAGUUAGAAAUAAAUUGGAUGAGUGGAGGGAAGUUCUAGAAGGUAAAGGAAUGCGCAUCAGUCGUAUGAAGACCGAAUAUUUGCGUUGCGACUUUAGUGGAAAAUCGCCGACUGACGAGCCAGAGAUGUCCAUUGGUGAAGAUGUUGUUACGAGUACGACCAAGUACAGGUAUUUGGGAUCGAUCAUUCAGAGCAAUUGGGAGAUUGACGAAAUGUUAAUCAUCGAAUACAUGCGGGUUGGCUCAGGUGGCUAG